AUGUCUUGUGGCAGCGUUGAAGCAACUAAAGACCUUCAAAGCUGUAGUUAUGCAGAAUUAGAUGGUUCUAAAGAUAUUUCUAAUAUUUAUUCACGACAAUCUACAUCAUUAGACUAUUCACAAAUUGGUGUAACAAAUAAUAUUGAUACAACUACAUCUCCUGGUUUAGCAGAUGCAACAGCAAAAUUGGUAGCUGCUGCAGCUAAUUAUUCUAAUAACGGAGUAUAUAAUAAUCCUCCUGAUUUUAGAAUUAAUACAGUCCAAGGAACUCCCUAUUUUUAUCCUGGAUCUUUCACUUCUUCAACAGCAACACAAUUACAAACAAUGACACAAAAUUCAAUUUAUAGUACAGCACAAAAUGGUAAUCAAGUAACAAAUCCAUUUCUUUAUCAUCAAAAUACUUCAAGUCCAGAAGGUUUUGGAAAUGAUCAUACAACAAAAAUUAUUGAAGGUGGAGAAGUAAGGAUAAACGGGAAGGGAAAAAAAAUAAGAAAACCAAGAACAAUAUAUUCAAGUCAGCAAUUACAACAAUUACAGAAACGUUUUGAACGAACACAAUAUUUAGCAUUACCAGAGAGAGCUGAACUUGCUGCAACAUUAGGGUUAUCCCAAACUCAGGUAAAAAUAUGGUUUCAAAACAGACGAUCUAAACAUAAAAAAUUAUCAAAGAACGGUGAUGGAGAUGAUGAUAGAACAUCAGAUGAUGAAGAUAUGGCAGCGGGUGAUACAUCAAGUAGUAAUGCUGAUGGAACAAAUAGUCCUGAUCCUGAUGAUAUAUCACGAUGCCAAAAUACAUCACCUAAUCAUGGUUCUGGAACAAACUCUAAUCCAUCAUCAUCAAUACCACCUAUUUCCGCAUCAAAUCAAAACGUGUCAACAACAUUACAAUCUACAGAUGACAGUAAUAAUACUGUUCCAUCAACAAUACCACCAACCUCACAAUGGAAUAUUUCAACAGGAGCACCACCAUUUACAUCAGGAUUAAUGAUACCACCACAAACAAAUCCAUCCUAUCCAUAUAAUUCAUUUCUUUGUGGACCAAAUUCACUUCCACAAAAUAUGUUUGGAAAUACUGGUGUAUCCUCAAUUCCAACACAAGGAGCAUUUGAUAAAUAUCCAACAGGAAUGGAAAAUACAUUUGAUAUGAAAUCAUAUAUGUGUGAUCCUCAGACACAUUAUUAUCCACAACAAUAUUUUAGUGGUACACAACCAUACAAUUAUUAA